AUGAGCUUGAAAGAAGUAUUCGAAUCAUCACCGUGGAGGUCAUUUAAGAAGUUCAAUGAAGCUGCAAAGAGUUGGGGAUUUACUAACAGAGCUGAAGUGAAAAGGUUCUUUGACAAAAAUGUUGUACAUCAAACAAAAAUAAACCCUUACGACUACUUUUUACCAAUUUACUCCAACACUCCUGACGCAUACCAAUUUGACACUCUCAUUCAAAGCAGAAAAGGAGGACAUAAACCAUUCCUCAUCUUCAUUAAUGUUAACACUCGCAAAGCAUAUGCAUAUCCAAUGAAAAAUAAAGGAACUCGUGAAGUGUUAAGAGUUUUACAAAAGUUUGUAGCAGAACAUAGCCCAAGUACUUUAACAUCAGACCAAGACAGUGCAUACCUCAGCAAUGAAAUCACAGAUUUUCUCAUUAAGCAUAACAUAACUCACUACACUACUGAAGACCAUAACCAUAACAUACUCGGCAUCAUAAACAGCUUCAUAAGAACGCUCAGAGAUUUAAACCAAGAGCGAGACUUUACCGAAGAAGCAAUGAAACAUUUUCUCGAAGUAUAUAAUUCCUCAACACAUUCUACAACAGGACAUACACCAAAUUCAAUGACACAACAACAAAAGAAAAGUAUAUACAAAAGAAACGAAGCCAAACACAAAAUAUCAGAAAUUCAACACAAUUUACCCUCAUUCCUG